AUGGCCCCACUACCGGGGGCAGAGCUGGUCCAGACGCCGCUGCAGCUCUACCGAUACCUGCUGCGCUGUUGCCGGCAGCUGCCAACCGCGGGCAUCCAGGAGCAUUAUAAGCAUGCCAUCAGGCAGAGUUUCCGGGUUCAUUCGGAUGAGGACAACCCUGACAGGAUCCAGCAGAUUAUUAAGAGAGCCAUUGAAGAUGCCGACUGGAUCCUGAACAAAUAUAAAAAACAAAACUGA